UUUAGAGCGGACCAAGGAUCGUCUACUGUGUGUAACACUGAAAAUUUACCUUUCUCUCUAUAUUUUUCAACAUUUCUACUGCCCGCCAACGGAGUUCACUUGAAUUUAAACCUUAAGUGUAAAUACUUGGUUCAUAACUGUCCUCAAGAAGGAGCCAGACAUGGCAGAAACUGCAGAACAAAAUGAGGGGAAGCAUGACAGCUCAUCAUCCCCUGGAGUGACAGACCAAGAGAAGCAAAUGGCUGCCACUGCAUAUGAAGCGUUUUCGACUGGGAAAUAUGACGAGUCUCUCAAGCACCUUCAAGCACUGCAGGAGCUCAACAAAGAAGACUACAAGAUCGCCUUGAACAAGGCUGUGGUAGAUUUUUACAAAAGUGGUCAGUCUACCACAGGGACUCUGAAGCAGACACUAAUAACAAUGAAGAACCAGGUUCACACAUCAGCAGAAGAAGUGGACGGGCUGGAUGAUGUUGAAAACAGUUUGCUGUACUAUAAUCAAGCCAUCAUCCACUAUCAUAUGAGACAGUACUCUGAAGCCAUCUCCAUAGGAGAGAAGCUGUACCAGUUCCUGGAACCGUUUGAAAAGUUUGCUCAGGCCGUCUGUUUCCUGCUGGUGGAUUUGUACCUGCUCACCUUCCAGCCAGAGAAGGCCCUCCACCUGCUGGCUGUGCUGGAUAAACUCUCUGUACAAGGGAGCAACAAGAACGGCAAAGGAGAUAACAACAGUUCAAACAAAGAAGGUGCUAAUCAGAAAGCAGAGUUCACAGCCAUGAAUGAGGCAGCCAAAUCAAAGAUGCACCAGUACAAAGUGAGAGCUUACAUUCAGAUGAAGUCAUCGAAGGCCUGUAAAAGAGAGAUCAAAUCUGUGAUGAACACAGCGGGGAAUUCCGCACCCUCACUUUUCCUCAAGAGUAAUUUUGAGUACCUGAGAGGAAACUACCGGAAAGCAGUGAAGCUGUUGAAUAGCUCCAACAUUGCAGAGCAUCCUGGUCCCAUAAAGACAGGAGAAUGUGUCCGAUGUAUGUUCUGGAACAACCUGGGCUGCAUCCACUUUGCAAUGGGGAAGCACAACCUAGGCAUUUUUUACUUCAAGAAGGCACUGCAAGAGAACGAUAACACCUGCGCACAGCUGGGAGACGGCGGUAACGGCCAAACUAAGAAGUUCACAGGCAUCCCCAUGUGUGCUCUACUAGCCAACAAGCGCUACGAGCUGCUCUAUAACUGUGGGAUUCAGCUUCUCCACAUCGGCAGGCCACUGGCAGCCUUUGAGUGUCUGAUGGAGGCGGUGCAGGUUUACCACUCCAACCCUCGGCUGUGGUUACGGCUCGCUGAGUGCUGCAUCGCAGCCAACAAAGGGGGCUCAGAGCAGGAGAGCAAAGGUUUACCUUGUAAAAAAGGUAUAGUUCAGUCUAUUGUCGGACAGGGCUACCAUCGCAAGAUUGUUCUGGCAUCACAGUCGGCCCAAAAUACCAUCUACAGUGAGGGUCAGUCCGCAGCAAUCCCAGUAGCCAGUAUGGAGUUUGCAGCCAUCUGCUUGAGGAACGCUCUGCUGCUGCUGCCUGAACACCAGCAGGUGGACACCAAGACAGACGUUUCCAAGAGCUUCAGUCAGUCAGGAAGCACAGAGAGCGGCAGCGAGAACAGUGAUGCGUGCAGUGGGAAAGGUCAGGAGGCUGAUAAAUUCUUGUCUGCAGCCCCAUCAUCUCCUCUCAGAAAACAGGAGAUUGAAAAUCUCAGGUGCUCCAUCCUGGCCUGUAGUGCUUAUGUGGCUCUGGCACUAGGAGACAACCUGAUGGCUCUGAACCAUGCUGAGAAACUGCUCCACCAGACCAAGGUGUCUGGAUCCCUCAAGUUCCUGGGUCACCUCUAUGCUGCUGAAGCUCUCAUCUCGAUGGACAGGAUCUCUGACGCCAUUGCUCAUCUCAACCCAGAGAAUGUCAGUGACGUGUCAGUGGGAGUGCUGAGCAGUGACCAAGACCAAGGGUCUGACAAAGGAGACGAGCCUGUGGAGUCCUCAGGUAAGCAGACUCCUCUGUGUUACCCCAGCAGUGUGACAUCAGCACGGGCCAUGAUGCUCUUCAACCUUGGCAGCGCCUACUGCUUGAGGAGCGAGUAUGACAAGGCCCGCAAGUGCCUGCGUCAGGCUGCAUCGAUGGUGAACUCCAAGGAGAUUCCACCUGAAGCCAUCUUGCUGGGAGUUUACUUAGAGCUACAGAAUGGAAACACCGAGCUGGCUCUGCAGAUCAUUAAACGCAACCAGCUGCUGCCCACAGCCGUCCAGAGGGUGUCGCCAGACUCUCGCAAGAAACCUGUCCAGCCUUUCCAACUGUCCUCAUCCUUCACACAAGUUCAGCGCAAAUGAUCCUCUUCUGAACCCGCCCCCCACUACACACACACCUGAUAUUUAUAAAGCUGCUUCCCCUCGGCAUCGUGAGCUGAUGAAAAUGUAGGAGUUUGCUUGCUGAUGAGAGAGGAACUUACACUGCAGUGGUUUCCAAGGACUGAGACCGGCUGACUUUUUAUUUCCAUUAGAACAGGGAGUCUGUGUUGUCUAAACAAUGAAAAUAAAUUUUAUUUACUGUA